AUGUCAUCAUGGGCCAGUAAGGAGCCAGUCUUGGUGACAUGUGACAGUCAGUGGCUCCUGUUGGGGAGACUGCACGUGGGGCUGGGACACUGCCGCAGCAGCGUAGCUCCUUGGGAAAGGGCCAAGUGUUCUAAGAGGAAAGUGGAACCCCUACAGAAUGGAGUAGGGGUUAUAAGAUUGGAGGUGGGUCUAGAGCUGACCUUGCUGACACUCAUUAUUGUGUCUGUUGUAGAGGAAGAGAGGCGGGCCCGGGCCAAUGACAGAGAAUACAAUGAGAAGUUCCAGUAUGCGAGUAACUGCAUCAAGACCUCCAAGUACAACAUUGUCACCUUCCUGCCUGUCAACCUCUUUGAACAGUUCCAGGAAGUUGCCAAUACCUACUUCUUGUUCCUCCUCAUUCUACAGUUGAUCCCACAGAUCUCUUCCCUGUCCUGGUUCACCACCAUUGUGCCUUUGGUUCUUGUCCUUACCAUCACAGCUGUAAAAGAUGCCACUGAUGAUUAUUUCCGCCACAAGAGUGAUAACCAGGUGAAUAACCGCCAGUCUCAGGUGCUGAUCAGUGGGAUCCUCCAGCAAGAACAAUGGAUGAAUGUCCGUGUUGGGGAUAUUAUAAAACUAGAAAAUAACCAGUUUGUGGCGGCGGAUCUCCUUCUCCUCUCCAGUAGUGAACCCCAUGGAUUGUGUUACAUCGAGACAGCAGAAUUGGAUGGGGAGACCAACAUGAAAGUACGACAGGCCAUUCCUGUGACCUCUGAAUUGGGGGACAUCAAUAAGCUAGCCAAAUUUGAUGGUGAAGUUAUCUGUGAACCCCCUAACAACAAGCUGGAUAAGUUCAGUGGCACUCUUUACUGGAAGGAGAACAAAUUUCCUCUGAGCAACCAGAACAUGCUACUUCGGGGUUGCGUUCUCCGCAACACUGAGUGGUGCUUUGGGCUGGUCAUCUUUGCAGGUCCUGACACAAAGUUGAUGCAAAACAGUGGUAGAACAAAGUUCAAGAGGACCAGCAUUGACCGUCUGAUGAAUACGCUGGUGCUCUGGAUCUUUGGCUUCUUGGUCUGCAUGGGAGUGAUCCUGGCUAUCGGUAAUGCCAUCUGGGAGUAUGAGGUCGGAGUACGCUUCCAGGUCUACCUGCCAUGGGAUGAGGCAGUGGACAGUGCCUUUUUCUCCGGCUUUCUCUCCUUCUGGUCCUACAUAAUCAUCCUCAACACUGUGGUGCCCAUUUCACUCUAUGUCAGUGUGGAAGUGAUCCGCCUGGGCCAUAGCUACUUCAUCAACUGGGACAAGAAGAUGUACUGCAUGAAGAAACGAACACCUGCUGAGGCCCGCACUACCACCCUGAAUGAGGAGCUGGGCCAAGUAGAGUACAUCUUCUCUGACAAGACGGGCACUCUCACCCAGAACAUUAUGAUCUUCAAUAAGUGUUCCAUCUAUGGGCGAAGCUAUGGUGAUGUCUUCGAUGUCCUGGGACACAAGGCUGAAUUGGGAGAGAGGCCUGAGCCCAUUGACUUCUCUUUCAACCCCCUGGCUGACAAGAAAUUCUUAUUCUGGGACCCAAGCCUGCUGGAAGCAGUGAAGGUGGGGGACCCCCACACUCAUGAGUUCUUUCGGCUCCUUUCACUGUGCCACACAGUCAUGUCUGAAGAAAAGAACGAAGGGGAACUGUACUACAAGGCCCAGUCCCCGGAUGAGGGGGCACUGGUCACCGCGGCCAGGAACUUUGGCUUUGUGUUCCGCUCACGCACUCCAAAGACAAUCACAGUUCACGAGAUGGGCAAAGCCAUCACCUACCAGCUCCUGGCUAUUCUGGACUUCAACAAUAUUCGCAAACGCAUGUCCGUCAUAGUGCGGAAUCCAGAGGGCAAGAUUCGACUGUAUUGCAAAGGAGCUGACACUAUCCUAUUGGAGAGACUUCAUCCAUCCAACCAUGAACUGCUUAACACCACCACUGAUCAUCUGAAUGAAUAUGCAGGGGAUGGGCUGCGGACUUUGGUGCUGGCCUACAAAGAUCUGGAAGAAAAUUACUAUGAAGAAUGGGCAGAAAGACGACUUCGAGCUAGCUUGGCCCAGGACAGCAGGGAGGACAGACUGGCCAGUGUUUAUGAUGAAGUUGAAAAUGACAUGAUGCUGUUGGGUGCAACAGCCAUCGAGGACAAGUUACAACAAGGGGUCCCAGAGACGAUUGCUCUUCUGACUCUGGCCAAUAUUAAGAUUUGGGUGCUAACUGGAGAUAAGCAAGAGACUGCAGUAAAUAUUGGCUACUCCUGCAAGAUGCUGACAGAUGACAUGACAGAAGUGUUUAUUGUCACUGGACACACUGUUCUGGAGGUGCGGGAGGAACUCAGGAAAGCUCGAGAGAAGAUGAUGGAAUCAUCUCGAACAGUGGGCAAUGGCUUCUCUUACCAGGAGAAGCUUUCCUCUUCUAAGCUCACCUCUGUCCUGGAGGCUAUCGCUGGAGAGUAUGCUCUGGUCAUCAAUGGUCAUAGCCUGGCCCAUGCCCUGGAAGCUGAUAUGGAGCUGGAGUUCCUGGAGACAGCCUGUGCUUGCAAAGCAGUCAUUUGCUGCCGGGUGACCCCCUUGCAGAAGGCCCAGGUGGUGGAACUGGUGAAGAAGUACAAGAAAGCUGUGACCCUUGCCAUUGGGGAUGGUGCAAAUGAUGUCAGCAUGAUCAAGACUGCCCACAUUGGAGUGGGGAUCAGUGGACAGGAAGGGAUCCAGGCUGUGCUGGCCUCAGAUUACUCCUUCUCUCAGUUCAAGUUCCUGCAGCGCCUUCUGCUGGUGCAUGGGCGUUGGUCCUACCUGCGCAUGUGCAAGUUCCUUUGUUAUUUCUUCUAUAAGAAUUUUGCUUUCACCAUGGUCCACUUCUGGUUUGGCUUCUUCUGCGGCUUCUCAGCCCAGACCGUCUAUGAUCAAUAUUUCAUCACACUCUAUAACAUUGUAUACACCUCGCUUCCAGUCCUGGCCAUGGGGGUCUUUGAUCAGGACGUACCUGAACAGCGGAGCAUGGAGUACCCCAAACUCUAUGAACCAGGCCAGCUCAACCUUCUUUUUAACAAGCGGGAGUUCUUCAUCUGCAUAGCCCAAGGCAUCUAUACUUCAGUACUCAUGUUCUUCAUCCCCUACGGGGUGUUUGCUGAAGCCACUCGAGAUGACGGCACCCAGUUGGCUGACUACCAGUCCUUUGCUGUCACUGUGGCCACCUCAUUGGUCAUUGUAGUCAGUGUGCAGAUUGGGCUGGAUACAGGUUACUGGACAGCUAUCAACCACUUCUUCAUCUGGGGAAGCUUGGCUGUUUACUUUGCCAUCCUCUUUGCCAUGCACAGCAAGGGGCUUUUUGAGAUGUUCCCCAACCAGUUCCGAUUUGUGGGUAAUGCUCAGAACACGCUGGCUCAGCCCACAGUCUGGUUCACCAUUGUGCUCACCACCGUGGUCUGCAUCAUGCCCGUGGUAGCCUUCCGCUUCCUCAAGUUGGACCUCAAACCUGAGCUUUCAGACACGGUCCGCUAUACACAGCUAGUGAGGAAGAAACAGAAGGCCCAGCACCGAUGCAUGCGACGGGUGGGCCGCACAGGUUCUCGGCGCUCUGGCUAUGCCUUCUCCCACCAAGAGGGCUUUGGGGAGCUCAUCAUGUCUGGAAAAAACAUGCGGCUCAGUUCUCUUGCCCUCUCUAGUUUCACCACGCGCUCCAGUUCCAGCUGGAUCGAGACUCUGCGUAGGAAGAAGAGUGACAGUGCCAGCAGCCCCAGUGGCGGGGCCGAUAAGCCCCUCAAAGGCUGAUGGGCCACAACCUGGGAUACCCCUGUGGCGGUGACCAGGGAUGUGCCGAGACUCUGACUCUGCUUGGGUGCUGGACUUACCACCUAGGCGCCAGCCGGGCUCUGAGGAAACAGUGCCUGAGAAGCUGUGUCUGGUUUCCCUUUUGCCGGCUGGUGUCCCCCUUGGUCUCUCCACCACCAUUCUUAUUCCUUCCUUUUUGCUGUUCCCACCAAGAAUGGCUGAGAGCAUCCUCAGCCGAGGGCCUCAGAAGUAGGCCAGUGGAGAGGAUGGAGGUACUGAGAACAGAGCUGGUGUCAGAGAGGACCCAUUUCAACAGGGGAACACAGAUAUGGAACCAAAAACAACCAAAACAAAGGACCUGUUAGAGAAAGAGGGCUGUUCCCAUUCUGCCUGGGAGUCCACAGGUUGCGUGGAUGAAAGGGGAAAGUGGGACUCACUAAAUCUUAUUUUUUUACUCCUAAUCCUUGGAGGGGACCGCAAGAUCCCCUGUUCCUGAAUUACACAAGAAUGUAUUCUGCUGGGAAGCCCGGAACCUUUUGGGGCCUGGGGCCCCUCAAACCUUGUCAUGUGUCACUUGUAGGUUCAUGUUUGUGUUUGGUUUGGUUUAUCUUCUUAUUUGGUAGGUGGAGGAGGCCAUUAGAGUCAUUUAUAUGUUCUGGUUGGUAUCCCGACUCCUGAGGAGGAAAGCUGGUACACACGGUAUCCCUCUCAGAGUCUAGGCCCUAUGUGGGUUCGGGGGGCACAUGCACAGGAGCCAUUGUCUUGAGGGCAUUUAUUUGACCCCAUCAAGCAGUUUUGGAGUAGCUGGAUCUGACAGGAAUAGGAGGUGUUGAUCCCUUCCCCCUCUCUCAACUUGGGAUUCAAGUGCUGUAUGUCCCCUCCUGUCCCAGCACCAGGCCCAGAGACUGUGGGAGUACCAGCUGGGCCUGUGGGGUGGUGGGGAAUACACUCAGGCCUUUAUUAAGCUGCAGCCAAGAAGAACUUUGGCCCAGAAGAAAAAGGUGUGGGCUUUUCUUCAUUUUAACUGUAGAUCCAGAAUUUCUCAUCUAGUAGUUCAACUCCCUCCCUCAGCACCCCACGUCUGGCCUUGCCCUGAUCUCUGUUUACAGAGGCCUUUUGGUCACAGUAACAAGGGGAACUUGACCCAGCUACUCCUCACUGCUUCCUGUUCCUCCUCUGAACAAGAAUUGGGCAAUCCUCAACCCCCCAGCAGCCCGGGGUGGGAAGUGUGGCUGGGCCACGCUCUAGUUCUGAAUCAUGCCUUGCCCACUCCCAGCAGCCUCUGAAGGAGCUACUUUCUCUGGUCCAGGUUGUAGGCUGUUUCUUGUCCCCAUUCCUCCUCAUGGUACAGUGCGUAGCUCCAGCAGAGGACUCGGUUCUGGGCCUGGGGAGGAAAGGAAAGAUGGGUCUGAGCCUGGCCCUGGGGUCAGCACAGACAACCUGGCUUCAGAAGGUUGGCUCGGUCACUUUGUACUGUGCCCUCAGCGCCCACACUGAUUGUUUUCCUCCAUUACCAAAUCAACCUUGGGCAAACCUCCUCUUUGAGGCAUGGGGUAGAUUUUAGUGUUUGGUUUGGAGGAACAGUUUUAUUGAGACCCAGGGAAAUGGGGCCUGGAGUGGGGGAAGGAGUCAGGAGAAGAAUGACCUCGUCAGUCACGUAGUCUACAAGCUUCACAUCAUGUCUGUCUUUGUGUGUCUCUCAAGGCGAGAGUCUGAUUUUUAUACCAAAGAGGAAAUGAUUUUUUUUUAUGUUUGGUUUGUCUAAUAUAUAUACAUACAUAUGUAUAUAUAUAUGUGUGUGUGUAUGCACACACAGUUAUAUAUUAUUUUUGGUUCUCUCUCGUUUUUUAGGGAGGGGGGAAGUGCUAAGUUGCAUUGAGCUGUAAUUAAGGAACAUUCCAUAUAAUUUAUGACACAUUUCUAUACUUGCAAAAUUGUAUCAUUUUAUGGGUAUAAAGAGAAAGCCUUUUAUAAAAUUACUGUUUCUGAGAA